AUGCAGAUAUAUAAUCAUGGGAAUCUGUUUGCCUGUGUCAGCUUCGGUAAGCAGAUUCUUCGAGGAUCUCUAUUCACUGGAAAGCAGGCAGUUCCAAUGGCCAUGGGUGUGCCCAAGGGCUAUUUUGCUGUUUGUGUUGGAGAAACCCAGAAGCGGAGAUAUGUAGUUCCAAUCACUCAUUUAACUCCGCCUUCAUUUCAAGACUUGCUAAGUCGAGCUGAAGAAGACUUCGGGUUCGAUCAUCUGAUGGGCAGCCUUAGGAUUCCUUGUGAAGAAGAAGUCUUCCUCGAUCUGACAUCUUACAUGAACAGGAGGAAGGAGAUGGGGCCAACUCUGGGUGAGAUUUUCCUAGUGCAAAAGAUGAUGCGAUUCAAGCUCUUCGCAAAUCAUAAAAUCCAACAAGCUGUGGGCUUCCGGCCUCUGGGGAUGCUCAUGGACAGCAAUAGGUGA